UUGCACUAACUCCAAAGCUGAUGUGUCUGCGGGCAUCGUGUGUCUCCUCUGCUGCAGGUUUCGAAGGCUGCUCCAUGGUGCCGUCCAUCUAUCCCUUGGAAACGCUGCACAACUCGCUGUCACUGAAACAGGUCAACGAGUUCCUCACCAGCGUGUGCGAGAGCGCUGGAGAUCCGCACACCAGAACCUCCAGAGCUCUGUCGGCCAUGUUUGGUGCACACAACCAGCCGUCAGUCGACUCGUACAUCCCACAGAGAGUCCUGUCCACGUCCAUCUCCCUCAGGUCUCGUUCUGACAGACCUCCAUGGUACAGCAGCGGUCCAUCCAGUGCCGUUUCCAGCGCCGGACCUUCCUCCCCCACCACUGCUGACACUUCCCCACGGUUCAGCUUCAGCGAGAAGGUUCCUCUCACCCCUCAGAGCAGUGAGGAAACCCACUCCUCUCAGAACAUUUCCACCCAGCUGCCCCCUGCUGUUGGGCCUCAGGGCUUGGACCUGACCUGUCCUGCAGUUUCAAACCCAGGUGAGGUCCCUCCGGCUCCAAAAGACCCUCCAGAAGGAGACGCUGGACUCAGUGCUGUAGCUGAGAACCAGACUGACAAUCCUGAGCUCCCCCCACAUGGGCUGGAGGUUGCCUUGGUCACCAUGGACCCUUCCAGUGGUCCAGUCUCAGAUGCAGACCACAGACCCCCCUGCAUGGCCCUCGCUGAACUUGGUCUGGGUCGGAUGGAGGGUUACAGUCUUCCCGGCUCUCUACCGGUGCUGCUGGAGCUGAGGGAGAGCAGCAGCGAGGCGGGCUCCAGCUCACAGACCCCUCAGUCUCCUGAGGGUCCAGAUGAGUUUUUUGACACUCAGGAGUCCAUGGAUCUGUGGAUGGAUGGUCCCGAAAACACCCCCCUGUCUGAGACUACUGCAGGCUACGAAGCCAUUCAGCCCGCGGACCCAUGAAAUGGACCGCACCGACUCAAAGUAAAGAUGAUGGUGGGUUUUCUGACGUCCAACCAGAUCUCCCUGCUCCUCCUGUUCUCCUCAGAGGAUCACAUGACGUCCAACAAGCUACUGAUUGGGUUUGAAGAACAAAUGAAUGACGGUCCUCUGACCCUGCCCUCUUUCUGUAAACAGGCCCCGCC